AUGGGCCCGGGCUGGCGGGCGGCAUCGGCGGCGCUGGUGGCAGGCAGCGUGGCGAUCUUCGGGGCACUGCGCCGGCUGGCCCUGGCCCUGCCACAGCCCGCCGCCGUACGAAGCCGUCCCGGCCGCGUCUGGCGCUGGAGGAAUCUCCUCGUCUCUUUCGCACACUCCGUGCUGGCCGGGCUAUGGGCCCUCUUCAGCCUCUGGCACUCUCCGGAGCUACUCUCCGACAUCCAGGACGGCUACAGCGUCUCAGGGCACCUGCUGGUCUGCUUUUCCUCAGGCUACUUCAUCCACGACACCCUUGACAUCAUCUUCAACCAUCAGUCCCGGUCGUCUUGGGAGUACCUGGUGCACCAUGCCAUGGCCAUCUCUGCCUUCGUCUCACUCAUAGUCACCGGCCGCUUCCUGGUGGCAGCAGUGCUGCUGCUGCUGGUGGAGGUGAGCAACAUCUUCCUCACGGUGCGCAUGCUGCUGAAGAUGAGCAACGUGCCUUCCCCAGCAGUCUACAAGGCCAAUAAGUACAUCAACCUGGUGAUGUACUUCACCUUCCGCCUGGCGCCCCAGGCUUACCUCACCUGGUACUUCCUCCGCUACGUGGAGGUGCAGGGCCAGGGUGCCUUCCUCACUGCCAACCUCCUGCUGCUCGACGCCAUGAUCCUCAUGUACUUCUCCCGCCUCCUCCGCUCUGAUUUUUUCCCCUCCCUGCGCAAGGGCUCUGCAGGGAGAGAUGUAGACGGUGAGAAGUUUCUGAUAGACUGACACGUGUGCGCCGAGGGGGACCCGGGCUCCGACUCCUGGAAGUUUUUGGCUCUCCAAAGCUGCUCUGAUGUGCCUUAGGGCUUGCUCCUUGGCCCCAGGCCCUGCCUUCACCCGCUCUGCUGCCUAAAAGCGCUUCCCUGCUGGACCAGCCCGACAGCUUCACUGAGCUGCGGGAUGCUGCUGAAGCCAGAGGCACGGCCGAUGGAGAAGCAGCCCAAGCCAGCUUCCCUGCAGGCAGCUGGAGGGCCAGGGGUGGCUGCGCUUCGCAGCUGAUGGCCUGGAGGGGUUGCAAGGGAGGGGAUGAGUCCCUCCCGUGGUGAUGUGGGUGGUACAUGCAUUAAAAUCGGUCUGUUUA